AUGCCUGUACGUGUACCGCGUUCCACACCACUCAAGAACCCAGAGCGACCUGUUUUGGCCCUGGGACUAGAGGGUUCUGCAAAUAAGCUCGGUGCUGGAGUAAUCAGACAUUCUCCAGACGGUUCAUCUACCGUACUGUCGAAUGUUCGACACACAUACAUCACCCCACCCGGCGAGGGAUUCCAACCUCGAGACACCGCGCUUCAUCAUCGUGAAUGGAUAUUCAAAGUAAUCGGUGAUUGUCUGACAGACGCUGCAAUCACUUUGACUGACUUGGAUUGCAUAUGCUACACCAAAGGUCCCGGCAUGGGCGCUCCCCUUCAGUCUGUUGCUCUGGUGGCAAGAACACUUUCGCUUCUCUACAACAAACCUUUGGUUCCUGUAAACCAUUGCGUGGGUCAUAUCGAAAUGGGAAGAGAAAUUACUGGCGCUAAAAAUCCCGUCGUUCUCUACGUCUCUGGCGGGAACACUCAAGUUAUCGCCUACUCUAGACAAUGUUAUCGUAUAUUCGGCGAAACUCUCGACAUCGCAGUGGGAAACUGUCUUGAUCGGUUUGCUCGAAUCCUGAAUCUUAGCAACUAUCCCAGUCCAGGUUUCAACAUCGAGCAACUAUCAAAGCAAGGGAAACGCUUAGUUUCACUACCGUAUGCAACAAAGGGAAUGGAUGUCAGCCUUUCCGGCAUUCUUACCGCAAUUGAAUCCUACACUUUCGACAAGAGAUAUCGACCAGAUGGAGCACCGAAGUCUGUUGAAGAUGAUGACAUUAUAACCCCUGCCGAUUUAUGUUUCUCCCUUCAAGAAACUGUGUUCGCUAUGCUUGUCGAAAUUACGGAAAGGGCGAUGGCGCAUAUUGGCAGCAAAGAAGUCCUGAUUGUAGGGGGUGUCGGAUGCAACGAGCGCCUUCAAGAAAUGAUGGGCAUAAUGGCACAAGAACGUGGAGGACAAGUUUUUGCGACAGAUGAACGCUUUUGUAUCGACAACGGCAUCAUGAUAGCUCAAGCUGGCCUUUUAAGUUAUCGAAUGGGAGUCACUAUUCCCGUUUCUAAAAGUACCUGUACUCAAAGAUUUCGUACUGAUGAAGUGCAUGUUGCAUGGAGGGCGUAA